AAGCUGUGUAAACAACUAACUCUCAUCAGCCCAACUUUGAAAAUAAAAACUCCAAAAAGAUUUGAAGAUGGAAUCCUCCAUUGUUAAGAAAAUAUCAGAAUGUUAUGUGAAGCCAAAAAAUGAGGUUUCAGAAUCAAAAACCCCAUACCAUUUACCUCCUUUAGACCUAAUCAUGCUUUCUUACCAUUACAUCCAAGAUGGUCUCCUCUUCAUGAAACCUAAUUCACAUUUAAAUGGCGAUAACGAGUUUUCAAUCCACUCCUUCCUCGAAAGCCUUAAACAAUCUCUUUCUGACACUCUUGUCCAUUUCUACCCCUUAGCCGGUCAACUUGUCGUGCAUUUCGACGAAGAUCAGCAUCAAUGUCGUGUCUUUGUUGAUUGCAACAAAGGCCCUGGCGCACGGUUUAGCCACGCCACUGCGUUAGAUUUUACUGUGUCUGAUAUCCUCUCACCAAAUGACGACAUUCCCUUUGUAGUUCGGUCAUUUUUCGACUACAAUGAAGAGGCUGUAAACUAUGAAGGCCACUCAAAACCUUUGUUAUCAGUUCAAGUUACUCAACUCAUUGACGGGGUCUUUAUCGCUUGUUCAAUCAACCAUGCUAUUUCUGAUGGAACUUCAUACUGGCAUUUCUGGAAUGUAUGGUCCGAGAUACAUAGAGGUAGCGGAAACAAUGUUUCUAUUUCGCGUCUGCCAAUACACAACCGUUGGUUUCCUGAAGGUUGUGUUCUUCCUAUCCCACUACCCUUCACCCAUCCAAACCAAUUUGUAAAGAAAUUUGAACCUCCUCAACUCAGAGAAAAGAUGUUUCAUUUCUCGCCCGAAUCAAUAGCAACCUUAAAAACAAAAGCAAACAAAGAAAGUAAUUCCAGUGACAUGAUAUCUUCUUUCCAGGCAUUGUCUGCACUUGUGUGGAGGUCCACGGUUCGAGCAAACGACCUACCUCAUGAUCAAGUUAUCUACAACUACAUGUUUGCCAAUAACCGACACAGGCUAAAUCCACCUUUACCUCAAAACUAUUUUGGUACUUGUAUUAAAGGAAUAACAACAAAAACUAGUGCUGGUGAAUUACUUGAUAACAAUUUAGGGUGGGCAGCAUCUUUGUUGCACCAGUCCGUUGUAAAUCUGACUGAUAAAGUUGUGCGUGAUUUUGUCAAAGAUUGGUUAAAAUCUCCUUAUUGUUAUCACCAUACAGACCUUCAUGACUAUAACAGUAUAGCUAUGGAGCACUCGCCGAGGUUUGACAUGUAUGGAAAUGAUUUCGGGAUAGGGAAACCGGUUGCAGUACGUAACGGACCUGGAAAUAAAGCUGUGGGUGUAGUGUUUGCUUAUCCAGGGUGUGAAGGAAAUGGAAGUGUUGAUUUUGAGAUAUGUUUGCCUCCUCAUUCUAUGAAAGCUCUUGAAACACAUGAUGAAUUUAUGGCUGCAGUUUCAUUACCAAAGUAAGGAUAUAUACAGGCAGGGAAUAAUAAGGAGGUAUAACAGAUAUAGCCAAGUUCAAUCUCCAUGUUUUUUUUUUCUAAUUGUUGCAUGCAUGCAUGUUAUGUUUCAAAGUUUAUUUUCAGGUUUGAAUAAUAAUAUUUCUAUUGUUCGUGUGUGUUAUAUAUGAGGAACCUAAUUACCUAAAUCCUCUGUAGUUGAAUUUGAGUACCACUUAAUUGCCACUUCCUUCUAUCAUGGAUUCAUGGGUUUGAUAUUAAUGUAAUUCAUGAAUUUGAAAAUAAGAAGUGUCGUACAAAUAUGAAUAUCAAACAAUAAAAAAAGGUGGCAACUAGGUGAUAUGUUAAGGGGAAAAAUACCCUUCCGUGACGUGGCAAGGUGGACAUGUUCGAGAGAUCACGUGGCAGCCAACAAGGCACUGACGUGGGGCAGGGCGCUGACCUAGGUGAACGGCUAAGACAAGGGGACAGUUACAUACAUUGAAGCCAGAGAGUUUCUGAAUCUAUAAUUAUUAUAGAUUGCAAAACCUAUAAUGGAAAUUAAAUAAUGGUAUAUAUUCAUAUGAUACAAUUGUGGGGCUACUAAACUGAGAAAAUAAAAGCAAAAUGGUAUAUUACUUGGCGCCAACUGAAAUGCUAGAGAGAGAGUGAAAUUUUUACCAAUUGCGCCAAAGUUCCGUGAAAUUUUGUUGGCGGCAAAACCAAAGGUUCCCACUUCCUCUUUCAUUUGUUAGUUCUUCAUUUUAGUAGUUCUUCUUGUUCCUUCCUCCAAAAAUUUGUUUCUCUUAAUUUCCGCGAUCCAAAAAAAAUUAUUACAAAUUAAUCUUCUCUACUCCAAAUUAAAACAAUUACAAAUGAAUUUGCUCCAAAUAAAAACCAUUUAUUAAUUCUACGAAAUUAUUUUGUCCAAAAUCUUGAAAUAGUUCUUCAUUUGCAAAUGGGCACUGAAAUAGUUCUUCAUUCGCAAAUGGGCACUUAAAGGGCAUCCAGAUCCGGUUCAGUUUCCGUUAUUCCUAUUAAUUUAAAUCCAGAGCUGGGUUGGGUUUGGACACUUAAAGGGCAUCAGAUCCGGUUCAGUUGGCAAUAAAAGCUAUGGAGGGAAGCAGGACAGUGGAGGGAAGAAGGAGAAGAUUACAACUAGACGAGGUAAAUUUGCAAUAAUUUGAAAGAUUUUCAUCUUCCUAGAAUUGUAAGUUUACAAGCAUGAAUGAAUCAUUUUAGGAAUUUAAUAAUUAGGGUUAUGGUUAAUAAAUUUAUUGAUAUGAUUUGCUUUAGAACAUAAUCAGA